GCGGGAGUUAAUGAGUGGACGUACAUUUCAUUAAGAACUGAAGUUAUGGCUGACCUUCCUCCUACGCAGGAUAUUGAUGAAACACAUGAUUACAUAUCACAAAAAAUCGAAUCCCCCGUAGUUUGGGGAAGAUUGCUUCCCCUAGAUAACAGGUUCCCUUCAAUUGGUUUGAUGGCUUUCAAUAACAUUUACGCUUAUCGAUAUCUUUAGAUUUGAUCAAUGACUCUUAUACAUUCGGUCGUGGUGAUGACUGCUCCUUCAGAUUUGUUCUUGAUAUGUUUGACGGUUCAUCACAGUUUACAACAGUUAGUAAACUCCAUUUCAAAAUAGUUUUGGAAUCAACGAGUGACAAUCCUCUGGUUUUUAUACAUGAUCUUAGCAGCAAUGGAACUUUUGUCAAUGGGUCAAAAGUCGGACGUGGCAAGAAGCAACCGUUAAAUAACAACGAUGAAAUCUCAAUAUCUCUAAAACAUUUAAAAUGCUUUAUAUUUUCUGAGUCCAGCUCCGCUCGUGCUCUAUAUCCACCUGAAGUGACAGAUAAAUAUACUGUUUCAAAGCAUAUCGGACGAGGUGCCUAUGGGGAAGUUAGGUUGAUCUUUGAUAAGGAAUAUUGUGAAAAAUACGCAAUGAAAAUAGUCCAAAAGAAACACUUUUCCUUAGCUUCGAAACUUGGCAAGUCUUCCACUAGUUCAAUCGCUUCUGAAGUGGAUAUAUUAACGCGUCUAAACCACCCAUGCAUCAUUCAAAUCUACGAUGUUAUAGAUACGACAGAAGCGAUGUACAUGGUUCUUGAGCUUGUUGAAGGUGGUGAACUCUUCAAUCGUAUCGUCGACCUUGGUCAAUUAAAUGAAUCUGAUUCCAAGUUUUUCUUUCUUCAAAUGGUUAUAGCCGUAAAGUACUUACAUGAUCAUGGAAUCACUCACCGCGACUUAAAGCCUGAAAAUAUUCUCCUCACAAGUAAAGCAAAUCGAUGUCUUAUAAAAGUGACUGAUUUCGGUGUAUCAAAACUUGUUGAUGAAGGUACAAUGUUGCGUACAUUUUGCGGUACUCCAGACUACUUGGCUCCAGAAGUUUUAAAAACUGCUGGUUGUGGGACAUAUACAUGUGUUAUUGAUGUAUGGUCACUCGGUGUGAUUUUGUACAUUUGUUUAGUGGGAUAUCCUCCAUUCACUAAACAACGUCAAGAUUUUGAUUUAGAAACUCAAAUUAUUAAAGGUUUAUAUGACUUUCCCAAUAUGUUCUGGCAUGGAAUAAGUGAAGAAGCUAUCAAUCUUAUUAAACGUAUGCUUGUUGUCAAUCCAAUUGAUAGAAGUUCAAUUUAUGAUGUUUUAAAAGAUCCUUGGCUUAUUGAUAGUGAAAUUCAAAAUGAAGUUCAACAAUUAAUUAAUUAUACAAAUAAAACUAUCAUAUCAUCUAAUCAUUGUCAAUUGAAUCCUUCAAAACAAAUCUAUCUGUCAUCAUUAUCACAAAGAAUUUCAUCAAAUGAACAUUCUCCUGAAACAACUAAUUCAUUUGAAUAUCAUUUAAAUAAACCUAUUCAUUUACUUAGUUCAAAUGAUGCCGAUCCCAACAUAGAUGAAUAUGCAGUAGAUGUUGAAAAUAACACUAAUAAUUAUAGUAAUGAAAAUAAUGAAAGUAAUCCAUGUUUAUUAACUGAUAAGGCUGUGAUCACAAAACGUCCUAGGUUUAGUUCACUUGAUUCUGUAUUAGAAUCCCCAAAACUGUUUAUUAUCUCUUCUAAUGAAAAAGUUAUAAGUGAUCAAGUUGAAUCCAAAUAAAACAAGAAAUAAGAAGAGAAAAACAAAACAGAAAUUCACAAACAACCAAUCAAUACUCAUUAGAUUAUCAUUUUGUAUUCCUUUUCAAAUCUUCUUUUUGUUUUUUUUUCUUUCAUUAUUUUACUUUCUCAUAAAUUUUAUUUGUGCAUAGUUUGCUUUUGUUCUUCCCCUCCCUCCCCCUUAAGAUAUUUUUUAAUUUAUCAAUUAGUGGAUAUAAUUCAUGUAGUUUAAUUUUAAGUUUUAAUCUAAUUCUCAUUGUAGAUAUUUAUUCCAUUUACUACAUUAUAUUUCCCGCUCUCCUUUAUUAUUAGUCUUGCCUUAUUUUACUGAAAUAAAAUAUUAUUUUCUGUAGUUUGUUUGUUUAUCUACAUAUUUGGGGGUGGGUGGGGGUGGAAUCCGAGUUUUAUUCCUCAGAUAGUCAGUCAGUCAGUAACAACGUGGAACUUCGUACGUAUGUACAUCAGUUCGAGUUGCCAUACCACAUUAGCACAGAGCUGCAGUUAUCGAUUCAAAUCCCGUAGUGGAAGUGGUAUUGAUAGGGAACAUUAGGGUUUGAUGAUGUUAUUUAAGGAGUAUAAUCCAGUAGAAUAGAUUUGGAAAGAAAAUAAAGGACAUGAAGAAUUCAGAAGAUUAGAGUUUGAGAGAACACAGAGAUUGGAUGCACCUGCGCCAUUGCAAACGAUUUUGAGCCAUGUCAUUCAAGGUC